AAACUUUACUUUUACCACUGACGUGUACGUUUGGGUGUCCGAUUCCCAAUCGCGUCAACAAGAAACACUUGUUACGCGCCCGUCGAGGACGUACUCACGAUGCAAAUUUAUGCAAAGAAUUCAUAGUUUGCUUACGUGCCGCACAAACUUCGUUCACUCCCUUAGUUUAGUCAGGAAUACUUCCUUAUUGGGGUAUAUAUUUUCCCAAUUGAUCUCUGCAAGGAUUCGCGCUCGAGUUUGGAUUGCCGGCUGCGUGUCCCAGUGAAAGAUUGAUAGAAUAAUGCCGGAAAGAGUGAAAUUCUUGACUUAUGCCGUGGGCAUUUUCUUGUGUUACUUCUACUUCGGAAUCAUACAGGAAAAAAUAACGCGAGGGCGAUAUGGGGACGAAGUUACCGAGGAUGGAGUUGGUGAACGGUUUACAUUUGCACUGGCCUUGGUGUGGGUACAGUGCUUCUGUAAUUGGAUAUUCGCUAAAGUUCUACUUCUGUUGAGGCCGCAGAAAGAAGACACCACCCAUACAGGUUACUAUGCAAGCUGCGCUCUUACCUAUCAAUUGGCGAUGGUCAGCUCCAAUAUGGCCCUCCGUUGGGUUCCGUACCCUACGCAGGUUGUCGGCAAGUCGGCGAAACCGAUCCCUGUGAUGAUACUUGGCGUGCUAAUCGGACGCAAGUCGUAUUCGUGGACCAGAUAUGCUUGCGUUCUGACCAUUGUGGCCGGCGUGGUGCUGUUUAUGUAUAAAGAAAGCAAAGUCUCAAAUCUUCCAGAUGCAGACAAAGUAGGUCUUGGAGAGCUUCUUUUGUUUCUGAGUUUGUCAAUGGACGGAUUGACGGGCGCGAUUCAGGAGCGUAUGCGGUCGUCGAGCGCGCCUUCUGGACAACAGAUGAUGCUUGCUAUGAACUGGUGGAGCACAAUUAUGUUGGGGGUAGCGAUUUUGUUGACAGGUGAAGGAAAAUUAUUCAUCGCAUUCGCCCUUAAACAUUCGGAAUUGCUCGUUCAUUUGAGUUCACUAGCUUUGGCCGGCGCACUGGGACAAUUUUUCAUUUUCUUAAUGGUCUCACAUUUUGGACCUCUCGCUUGCUCCGUAGUUACCACGACCAGAAAGUUCUUCACCGUCCUAUGCUCAGUAUUGUUCUUCGGUAACGUGUUAGUGCCACGCCAAUGGUUCGGAGCCGUUUUAGUGUUUGCUGGCCUCUUCGCUGAUAUGAUGUUUGGAAAGAAGUCUUCGUCUAGUGCAAAAAAAUUGCCAUCUUCAAAGCAUGAAGAGGAAAAGCGAAAGUUAGUAUCGUAGGAACUAAGAUACCAAUGCUUCCUUAUUAGAAUAAUUCUGUCUGAAUUGAAUAGACCAACAACAGGAAUGUACGACGCCUAAAGACAAAUCGAAUUCUCUGUCUUGCUUAAGUUUAAAUUCUAUUUACGAAUGUGUGAAAUUGUUGUGAGAUUUUUCGUUUAUAUGUUUACAUUGUACAAAUUAUCGACAAGAACACAUAUUAAAUUAUUUAAAUCAAAACCAGGA